GCAAAUUUGCUCAUUUAAAUAAAUAAAUCGUAAUUUUAUAAUUCGUUAUUUGUUAAUUAAUUAAUUGUUUUAAUUAAAACUUAUUCAAGAUGAUGAAAACAAAGCAUCAGGGAUUGGUGGCGGAUUUAAUGCCGAAUAUCCGGUUAAUGCAAAUAAGUGGCCACUUUAUGUUUAAUUAUUAUGGGGAGGGAAAAAAAUUAAUGCAUAAAAUAUAUUGUAGUGUUCAUUUAUUUUUGAUUUUACUGCAAUUUGGAUUUGUUGCUAUUAAUUUAGUUAAAGAAAAAGAAGACGUUGAUGAUCUUACGGCAAAUACAAUAACGAUACUAUUUUUUUUGCAUACACUUAUUAAAAUAAUUUAUUUUGCGGCACGAAGUAAAUUAUUUUACCGUACUUUGGCAAUAUGGAAUAAUCCUAACAGCCAUCCAUUGUUUGCGGAAAGCAAUGCGAGAUAUCAUUCGAUUGCAUUGACCAAGAUGAGAAGAUUAUUGUUUUGUGUUGGAGCUGCUACCGUUGCUACUACUAUCAGUUGGACAACUUUGACAUUCUUUGAAGACCCACAUGUCGAAAGGAUUAAUAAGGAAACUAAUGAAACUUAUAUUGAGGAAAUUCCAAGAUUAUUGGUAAGAUCAUGGUACCCAUUCGAUGCGCGCCAUGGAAUGGCGCACAUCGGGAUGCUGAUAUAUCAAAUCUACUGGCUGUUUAUUUGCACCGUCGACGCAAAUUCAAUCGACGUUCUCUUCUGCUCAUGGUUACUGUUUGCUUGCGAACAAUUGCAACAUCUCAAAGCAAUAAUGAAACCACUUAUGGAGCUCAGCGCAACCUUAGACACCGUAGUUCCCAACAGCGGUGAACUAUUCAAGGCCGGAAGUGCUGAUCAUUUGCGUGACAAUGAUGGUGUGCCUGCGGAACCAGCAAUGAAUGGCGACAACAUGCUGGACAUGGAUCUGCGAGGUAUCUACAGCAAUCGCCAAGAUUUUACGGCAACAUUCCGUCCUACUGCGGGUACUCAGUACAAUGGCGGUGUCGGUCCUAAUCAACUGACUAAAAAACAAGAAAUGCUUGUUCGCAGUGCGAUUAAGUAUUGGGUUGAACGGCACAAGCAUAUUGUCAGACUCGUAACAGCUAUUGGAGAUGCGUAUGGUGUUGCUCUGCUAUUUCACAUGUUAAUUACUACGAUUACACUAACUCUGCUUGCGUACCAGGCCACUAAGGUCAAUGGUGUUAACGUUUAUGCUGCCUCGACUAUUGGAUAUUUGCUGUAUUCACUGGGACAAGUAUUUUUGUUCUGCAUAUUCGGUAACCGUUUGAUUGAAGAGAGUUCAUCGGUAAUGGAAGCCGCAUAUUCAUGUCAUUGGUACGAUGGUUCUGAAGAAGCAAAAACAUUUGUACAAAUAGUGUGUCAGCAGUGUCAAAAAGCCAUGUCUAUAUCAGGAGCUAAAUUUUUCACAGUAUCACUAGAUUUAUUCGCUUCGGUACUUGGUGCCGUGGUUACAUACUUCAUGGUAUUAGUACAACUUAAAUAAAUAAUUAAUUAUUUAAUUUAUUU